AUGGCAUCCGCCUGCUUUGCUGCCUUUCUGAUCUUUCUCUUCUGCCUGGGUGCUCAAUCAGUCCCUGCCCUUCUUCGCGUCCAGCAUCAAUCAAUACAGUCCUACGCGGCUAUUGGGGAUUCUUACGCCUCGGGAGCUGGAGCAGGCACUCCUGGAUGGCCUCCGUAUGCCGACUUCCGAUGUGGCCGCUAUUCUGACGCGUAUCCAAUCCAAGUCGCCAACAACUCCCUGAUCAACAUCGAAAAAUCAAAAUUCAAGCACCUUGCAUGCGGUGGUUUGACCAGCACGGUCAUCCUGCGAGACCAAGUACCAUAUAUCGGUGACUCGGACCUUGUUACCCUGACAGCCAGCGGAAACGAUGUCAACUUCUUUGUGGUUUUGAACGAGUGCGUCUAUCAUUGGCAGCCGUCGAUAGGUUGUGAAGCCCAGCUUGUCAAGGCCCGAGAAAUCAUCGAAACGACGGCACUCCUCAAUCUGGAGAACAUCAUCUCUGGAGCCGUCCAACAUCUAAAACCCGGCGCGCUCCUGAUUGUUACAGGCUAUGCCAGAUUUUUCAACGAGGACACAGACUACUGUGACAAUGCGACUUUCAGCCAAACCAGACCUUUGGACUACCUGACUAAAUCCAAGAGAAGAGAACUCAAUCAGCUGGUGAUUAUGUUGAACGAUGUGAUCAAAGCCACUACGGAGCUCCACGGCGCUGUUUAUUUGGAUAUUGAUGGCGCUUUCGAUGGCCACCGAUUUUGUGAACCCGGGGUUAAGGAACCAGAGAUCGACAGGAGUGACACUUGGUUCUUCAACAUGCCGCCACCCCAGACCACGCGGUCCCUCGCCGGCUCUGCGUCUCAACAGCCUUUGAGUGACGAGGAGGGUAUGCCCAACCCAGAAGUUGUUCCUGAAUGGCCCCAAAUCAAAAAGUGGAGGGUCUUCCACCCUACCGGAGCAGGGCACCACGGUAUAUCAGAGGUGGUUGUGAGCGAGAUCCUGCGCCGCUCAGGCCCUGAUCGCCGUGAGUGA